AUGUCUGCUGUCGAGCUCGAGCCAUCUCUUGAGUUGAAGGUAAGAAAUCCAUUAAAUACCUCCCUUCCUCGAAUUGACUCCAAACUAAGGGAAGGGAUCCUCUUAGCGUUAUAUUGAGACAUCAAAAUCAUUUGAAAAUAGCCGAACAUGCUUCAAUCUUUCUGUUACGCAGGCUAAAGCGGGGGAACUCGUGGACUCACUGAAAGGGACUUCACUCUUCCUUGUUGGUCAGCUAUUCCCUGCUCCUUGCAUGAUGUUGUAUCUUCUCAGAAACCAGACUGUUUUAUAACAAGUCUCUCAUUAAAACGAACGAGCCAAAUCAAUUAUCUGUGCAAUAUUAAUCUGCUCCAUUCAUCUCCAAUUUCACGACCUGAUUCUUUCCUUUUUGCGUGAUACUUCCUCUGCCUGGAAAUGAUAAUGUCUUCGAACAAGUCUUCAAUUUAAAUGAAAAGGAAAAAAAUGUGGCUGAAAUAGGUUAAUACUCCAUCAUUGCCAAUGUGGCAAUCUGAUCCUUCCACUUUAUAUCAGAGCUUAAGAACUUGUCCUGGGUUGUGUCCCAUUUGUGUCUACGAGUCAGAGCGAUCAAGAACUACACAGCAGAUGUGUCGGGAUAAACACACAUUGAAAGUCAAAACUUAAAUCUCAUAGCUAAAGCAGAUAAUUGUGAAUUGGUUUUUUUUUAGACGGCUUAACUCUUUCGCAUAUUACUUCAAUCUCAACCUUCAAUAUCAGGGAUGAACGGCCCAAUGAAGACAAAGUUGGGAAUGGUCCUAGCUGAUGCAUUAGGCUAUUGCUACUUUGACUGGUAUGCCCGUUCUGUGAGCAAUAAGCAUCCAUAUAUUGACGGGAAAAUAUUUAUUGAAUGCUGGGCUAUGAUUUAUCGUUCUUAACGACCCUUGAACAGUGACAACUUAGUUGAGGAAGCAGCUGGUGGAGCAGGCCCCGCAAGAGAUUUCCGGGAGAGAGAUGAAAAGGGAUUCCGCGAGUCAGAGGUAACUACUACCCUGUGAGAAUUUUAGCUGCCACGUAUGUUAGUCGCCAUAUCAGGUAACCACUGUUGUACAAGUCUAUAAGAGAAUAAUCACGCAUUAAACUGAGUAAGUUUGACCCUCCCUUUCCAUUCAUUGCCUGCCGAUCUUGAAUUGGGCGAUCCGCUUCUUCCAUGAUUUGGAUGAGGGUAAGAAUUCACCAUGGUGAAAAUUUCUUGCAGACUGAAGUCCUAAGACAGCUAUCAUCUAUGGCUCGUCUAGUGGUGUGUGCCGGGGAUGGUGCAUCCCAGGGAGUGACCAAUCUGUAAGGAAGAUCUUGAGAUACUUUUUCCGGCGUCCUUGCAUUUCAGAUAUUUCAUUUGCAUUUGAGUCUGAAUUAUAUGUCAUUCUACGUUCAAGGUCAUACUUGAGGUAUGGAAUUUCAGUAUGGGUUGAUGUCCCCGUUGAUAUAAUAGCGGAUGAGAAGCUGAAAGAUGGAGUCCAAUUCCCCAAUGCACAGGACCCAUUGGAUGCCUUUGACGAGGUCCAAUAUCUACUACCCACUUUUUCAUUUUGAGUGAUUCGGAUUUACUUUUUGUUUCUACUCGCAGAGCAUUCUGUACAUUCUGGUUAUGAUAUAUUGCUGUCCGUCAUGAAAGGAAAAAGUGGUGGAUGCUGUUCUCGAACUCAAGCAUUCUCCUCAUUUCCUAAAACUGGCUCUCAUCCCCUUUGUUUGCAUGUAGAGGGAAGAAACGUAGGCUUUGAUGAAACUAUAAUAUCCCCAUUUCCUUUUAAUCGUUCUCUCCUGGAUUCACCUUCCAUUCUAGGGUUUGGUUGCUGUCAUUCCUUUGCGAUGGGGAUAAAUUUUUCUUCUCAGUAAGAAGAACAACAAAUGAAGAUGAAAAUGUCAUGGCAUUUGAGCAGGGACAGAAUAAGAGGCUGGAUUUGUCCGUAUGGAUUGAAGUCUGCAAAAUCAACUCGGAGAAUAAUAAAAUUUUACAAAUGCGAUAAUCAUUUAAGGUCGCCAAUUUUUUUGGUAUAAUCCAUCCUUGAACACCUGGUUUAAUUGCCUUCAGGAUCAUAUGCCACCUUGAUAUUUCACUCUUGUUCUUCCAAUUAAUCAUUAAGUAUUUAUUAUUUCACAGUUAAUAAAUCAUGCUCCUCUUUUUAAUGAAACCCGAGGUAUCACAAUGUCCUUUUCUGCAUAUGAUGAGAAAUUGGAAGGAAAUAAACUCGAUCCUUACAAAGAAUGGAAAAUCCCUGGCGAUUAAUCACUGCUUGUCUUUCUUGUUAGAACAUCCCCUCUCUUGUCUUUCUACUUGGUUCUCUGCAAGACCGACAACAGUGUGUCACAAUUAUCGUUCCAUGAUGCAGGCAGUAACUGAGCUGGCGAGACAGUAUGAGAAAAUGAAAGGAGGAUAUGCAACUGCUGAUGCAACUGUCUCCCUUCUAAGUAAAUUUUAUCUGACUGUAAUUUUAUUUUCUUCCAAUAUCCCAAGAAAACUUGGGGUGCCUACAUUGCAAUUUAUUUUUGUUCGAUUAUUUUCACAUAUUUUCUGUGACCUUAUAUUUAAUGAUCAAUACCAUUUUUGGUAUUUAACAGAAGUGGCAACAAAAUUAGGCUAUGUCGAGGUGGGCGAUGUUACACCAGAGGACAUGGCCCUAGAGGUAAUUUAGACAACCAACUCAUUUGAAUAGAUGCAUCCAUUGAUAACAAGAAAACAUUAAUCUGAAGUUUCUUCAUUGGAUGAAAAAUAAAUCUUUCAGGUACUCAGAGAGAUAGAGAAACUGACAAGAAUGAAGAAGAUGAUGGAAGAUGCUGCACGACCAUUCUAG